AUGGAAAGCCGGCCCACCCCCUCCCCCCAACCGCCCUCCUACUCCGCCACAAUAGAGAAGAUCAACCACGGAAUAGCCAGUGUUAGGACUGGGCAAGUGCGCAAAAAUGGCUUCUAUGAUACUCUCAUUAUUCAUACAGUCAUCAACGACUUGAAUGCCUGCGCUAUGGAUAAGAACCACGGUGUUGAAGUACCUGCUCCCCAUAUUGGUUACUAA